AUGGCUACCCCGGCCGCUCUACCACCGUUACCUUUCAACCCGUCCCGUGUUCGGUCCUACAUCCUCCGAUUGCCGCUUUUCACGCGCCUCGUGCUUCUGGCGAUUCUUGCGUUUUGGAUCCUCGAGUUACAGACAAUAUGGAGUGUUGUACGGUGGGGGUCUUUGACACCGGAUGAGAUCGGGCUUGGUAGUAUGUAUCGGCUUAAUACGUAUCCAUUUAUUCAUAUGGGAUUCUUUCACACUUUGUUGAAUGUGUUUGCUCUUACUCCGUUGUUGGAACGGUUUGAGGCCGAGCAUGGGACGUUGACUUCGCUGGCUUUGUUUAUUGGACCGCUUUCUACUCUUCCUGCGGGUCUCUAUCUCCUCGUGGAGAAGGUGCUUUUGCAUCGCAAUACUCCGGUUGUGGGCGCAAGCGUUUGGGCGUUCCUUCUCUUGGGCUCGGAGGCUGUCAGGACGUUCAAGUCCCACCCGUACUUCAGUAUCGGUUCCUACAAAAUACCCACCUGGACAUCGCCUCUGCUUGCGUGCAUUUUCGCAUCGGUGCUCAUACCAAACACCAGCUUUCUUGGACACCUCUGCGCUGUGCUUGUCGGAUACUUGCUUGGCCUCGGAUACCUCAAGGUCUUUGUCCCGCCAGAGAAGAUCCUCCGAUGGAUCGAAGGAAAGCUGAAUCUCCUGGGAAGAUUGCCGCACUAUGUGUCAGUGGAUCAGAAAACAUAUGGUCGCUAUGGCGUGCUUCCUUCUACAAACCCCGUGGGGGAUCGGCCAACACCCUUGAGCUAUCUGGGAUCUACCCAGCGUCUGGGAAGCUCGGAAUGA